AUGUAUUUAAAUGCCAAUGAGCUAGACACUGUGCUUGUGGUCAUCCAGACUCCAGAGGAAGACCUUUGUGAUCUGGACACCCAUCAUGGUUUAACUGUGGUCGAGCUCUACAUUAUGCCCGCCUCCUUCCUGACUGUGCUUAUCCUCGGGCUUCCCCUCAACCUGCUCUCCUUGUGGGUUUUCGCCCUGCGGCUGCAGCGAUGGACCCGCAGCACGGUGUUCCUCUUCAACCUGACCUUAGCUGACACCUCCUGGCUCCUGGCCUUGCCUUUCCUCAUCCAUUACCAUCUGAACCACAUGUACUGGAACCAGGGGCUGCCGCUCUGCAUUGCUGUGAGGAUGCUUUACCACAACUACUUCUACCUCAGCAUCUUCUUCGUCACCUGCAUCAGUGUGGACCGAUACCUGGCCAUCGUACACCCACUGCGCUCUCUGGUGCUGCUCGAUCGGCGGAAGGCCUCUCUGCUGUGCGCGGCCGUGUGGACGGCCACGCUGCUCCUAAGCAUACCUGUUGCCCGGAUGACUCUGAUCCAGACUUGCCCCGGAAGCAACCGCACCGUGUGCACCCUGUACGUACUACUACGUGAAACAGGGGAGAGCCUCCCUUAUUCCCUCAUAUGCUCCAUUAUCGGCUUCCUCUUCCCGCUGCUCGCCAUCUGCUACUGCGGCCUGCGCAGCAUCAGAGAGCUUCGCCGUCGACCUCUCCACCCCGAUCACCUCAACAAGAAGCUGCGGCUCAGGCGGCUGCUGGGCGCAGUGCUAGUCAUAUUUUCCUCGUUUUACCUGCCCUAUCACCUGAGCCGCAACGCUGCCGUCGUGAUACGGGCGAUCUACCCCGACAGCCCCGCCUCCUGGCGACCCGCAGACACGGCCUUCGUCCUGGAGAUGUGUAUUUGCGGCCUCAUUACCUGCGUUAACCCCUUGUUCAGCUGCCUUAUAGGACGCCAGUUUAGGAAUGAGUUUUACGGCACGAUUGCUGCCAUGUUUCCACGUUGUCCACGCAUGCAGGCAACAUCUAAAGGGACCCAGAUGAACCUUAGGAAAAGGCAGGAGGUGUCCAGUGUUGCACCUGUGCGCGCACUGCCUGCACCUAGACCUUAA